AUGAACAACCUCAUCAUCCGCAGGGAGCAGCUCGACGGCGUCUUCAUGACGACAGAGUCGAUGCAGUCGUUCGCAGAUAAGGUCAGCGCACUCUCAUCGUAUCAUUAUAACCUCAUCAAAGACUACGUGAUGCAGUGUGCCUUAGUGCCUGACGAACGCAAAGCUCUGUUUGGGUCUAACCUGAAUCUCAGCAAGACUCACUGCAUAUCGGGGUACUUUGGCGGGAAGACAAUACACUGCGCCGUGCAGCUUCUUGACCCCGCUCAGCGAAAGAAGUGCAUCAAGUACUAUUGUAAUCAUGAGAACUAUGAAAUCAAGAACUGGAACGGCAAUGCCUUCGACGGAGAGUCUCCGGUGAAGGGUCCGUGUCUAGCGUUUCUAGUGAAGUUCAUGGAGGAGAUACUGGGCUUCAAGACUGUGCCUGCGGAUCUCUAUACGAUGUCUCUAACCGGGCAGACUCUCUCGAAGCCGAAGGUCAAGUCGGUCCCAAUGGUCGGCUUCAACAACAACUUCCAGCCGGAGGACUAUAUGAAUGCGCCGAACAAGCUCGACUAUUUGCGCGACCUGACGAUUGUUCAGAAGAUCCUUGCUGUCACGUGGAUGGUAAGGGGCAACUAUGCUUUUCGGGAGGACCUUCUGCCGCUUACAGAUAAGAAGAAGAAGCUCAAGAAGGAGAGGAAGCCAAAGGAGCCGAAGAAGCCACGUAAGAUAAAGAAGCCUGAGACGUUUGGGCUGCGAGCUGCAAGAGAUGCUGAUAUCUCCAUCAAGGGCGUGACGGGCGCUAUUAGCGAAGACGAUUUGAAGAGCCAACCGGUCAUCGAGCAGAUCCAGUAUAUCUAUCAGAUGGUCGGCGGGUCGCUUGCUGGUCGCAGCAAUCAGAAGCUCUCUCCCGAUGGUCGCGUGUCUCGUGCAGACUUCAUGGCCGCCUCGCUCAACCAGCAGACAAUGUGGCUCUAUCGACAGCUUCAGGGCUUCGAUGAGGACGGCGACGAGGACAAUGGUCUUCGCAAGCACCUCGGAAAGUACUACAAGAUCGGCGGUAACGUUACAGCCAUUAAGAGUCUCAAGAAGCUUAGCAAGGGACGCAUCUCACAUCAAACGCGUUAUCUUGCUAAGCACGCAAUGAAAGCCGAUUCAAAGAUCAACCGUCUCGAGAAGCAGCGGAAGACUCUAGAGGCUCGCAUCAAGCGCGCCGAGGGCCAGAUCGAUCUCAUCAAGAAGAAGACGUUCACGAAGGAAGAUCUGAUGAAGGAUAAGCUCGGCGAGUUUGAUACUAUUAUCGCCGCAGGGGGCGGUCUUUUCCGGAAGCUGAAUCUGAUUAACUUGAUUACCGGAUAUGUGAUAGACGCGUGUCUUGGCGUCGUCGCUGCGGUAGCCCUUACAUAUGCAGUGGAAGCGAAGUACCGCCUCGACCAGCAUGACUAUAAGUUCGGCAAGAUAUACAAGUUUCUGACUGAUGAUCUUUAUAAACGCUUCCAGUUCAUUUGGGAUGAGUUCUCACACAUAAACGAUGAUAUGACCUUGACCCAUUUGGAAGUAAAGCGAGCUGAAGAGCGUAUUCGGGACUUGACGAGUCACACUGACGAUGACCGCGUUCAGUUAGAUGAAACGAAGGACCGCGUGAGCGUGCUCGAGGGUAACCAGGACAGUCUCAUGGAGUUCCGGAACCGCAUGGAGAUUCUGAUGACCAUUGUCGCACAGUUCUUUGAGCGGAACGACAUCUCAGUUCCCGACUUCGAGGGAGGUCUGAUCGAUGCUAUGACGAUCAAGAGAGACCUCGAGGGCGCGUACAACUAUCUCAGAGAGCUCAUCGACCAGCAGAAGGUCGAGGCAAAGGUGGGCGCUCAAUUAACGGCAGCGCGUAUCGACUCUCUUGAGAGACAGUUAGAAGAGGAGCGCGCAAAGGCAAGCGCUUUUGAAGAACGCCUUGCUGCACAGGACGAGAUCAUCCGAAGGCUCGCUGAAAAGGUAGGCGUCUUUGAGACAGACAAUGCAGCCUUCUCUUCAUCGCUGUCUCGGAUGAGCAGGACAGUGGAAGCAUCUGAGGUGAAGAUAGGUUCGUUAGAGAGGACAACGACAGAGUUCGCGACUACUAUCGAUGCAGUUAACAAUUCAGCGAGAGAGAUAAACGGUCGACUAGAGAGCUUGAGAGACUCUACGCAGGACGCCUUAGAUGCACAUGACCGCCACAUGACAGCAGUCGACCAGAGCAUCAGCGAGAUUCGAGAGAGCCUUACUCGUCUUGAUGGCAAUGUUGGAAAUGUGCCUGCUCUGGAGACUCGCAUCAAUGCGCUUGAGUCGAAUGAGCGCGGCAUUUGGGACUCUGUCUUAGGGAACACGAAUCGCAUUAGCGGUGUCCAAUCGUCUCUGAACUCGCACAUUAGUUGUUAUAACCAGCUCUACAACCAGGUGCAGGUCAUCUCGAACAACGUCAGUCAGCAAGCUGGUAAGAUCACGGGUGCUCUGGCUUCUAUCGCUCAGAACACCUCUCAGCUCUCUAAUCAGCUGAGCCGGAUUACUGACUGUGAGACGCUGUGCAGCUACUCAGAGCGGAUAUGCAACGCCCUCAAGACGCCGUGUCUGCUGAAGAGCUUUGUGCCGAGUCAGACGACCGACGGCAACGGGUUCAUGCGACUGAAUCUCGCGGACUUUCCGAGCGACAUGCAGAGCAGAUCCAAUGACGACAUUGUCUCGAUCCAGGCGUAUGAUUGUCGCGUUAGUACAUAUGACACAAUCAUAGUCUCGUGGUCGGACUAUACUAGCGAUUCGUACAUUAACCUACGAUUAACAUGGUCGAAUUCGAGAUCCCUUGGCUCAGGUAACCGGGUGAAGAUCUGGUACUGGGCAAAGAACCCGGCUAUAAACAUCAGUUAUUAG